AUGUUAAAGAAGCAGGUUAAUGACUGGGUGAAUGCUUGGCAGUGUUUUACUCAUGCUGGAUCUACUAUCUCACGGCAUUCAACCUCUCCUUUGGUGCCAUGGGUGCCUCCCCCAACUGGUACUUUGAAAUGUAAUGUAGAUGCGAUGAUUAAUGAUGGGGUGGUUGGUUUUGGGGCUGUCCUUCGUGAUCAUGAAGGCAAGUUUGUGGCUGCAUGCGGGGGUCGCUUAAAUUGUGCUAUUGAUCCUUAUGUGGCUGAAGCAAUGGCAGUAAAGGAGGCUCUUACGUGGCUCAAGAAUCGUGGAACUUUUCUGGUUAUUAUUGAAUCUGAUUGUUUAAAUGUUUGUAAUGGUUUUAAUUCUGCUUCUUUAGAUUAUUCAUAUGUUGGUUUGAUUAUAAAGCAAUGUAAGUUGAUUGCUAGAGACAUGAGGGACAUAGUUGUUCGUCAUGUCAUAAGGUCAGCGAAUCAAGUUGCUCAUGUGUUAGCUAGGGGGACUGGUUCUUCUCCUGUCCUUAGGUUUUGGGAUUUUAGUCCUCCGGAUUGUAUUUCAAGUUUGCUUUUGGUUUAA